CAGAGAGCAACGCAAGAGUGAGCUGGAGCAGGCAAACAGUGAUACUGACAAAUCCUACCGAGCACAUUCUCAGGGAACAAAAUGUUUUAAAGCAAAGGAAAAGGACUAACAAUUAUGGCAGUUCCUGUACCUCACGACCUUAAUGUCAACAAAAAAUAUCUCUGACCAAUUGUGACAGAGGGGAAAGAAGUUUUCUAUUUUCAUCUCAGCUAGAUCUGUUUCGUGUAAGAGGAAUAUGUUUGGAGAGCACAAUGACAGUGAAUAUCUCACAGGCCACUAAAGCAACCCGCCAACUAAAGUAGAGAGGACCGCUCAAUAUAAGAUGCAGGGAUGAGUGCAGCUGACUGCCCCAGUUCCCCCUGUGAAAGAGGGGUCACUAUGGCAAUACUCUUCUGCUCCUGUUUUGCCCUUGCUGGUGCACAGCUGCCCCCGCCAGUCUCUCUGCCUGCGCAGAUCAGCGUGCCCCCUCCGUGGAGCGCCCUCUCCCUCUCGCAGGCUGAUCUGGGGGUGAUCUUCUCCAACUCCAGCCCCUUCUCUUACAGCCAGCCCCUACUCCUCAUGCCUCCUCCGGGGACCAGCUCUAAGGCAGGAGUACGGGCUUCCUUUGGGCCUUACUCUGUCACACAGCUGGUCUCCACACCUGUCCUUCCACUUUCCCCUCCUCUCUCAGCAUCUCUUCUCACAAAAACUGUCAUGAGGGCCAAAGAAGGGGAGAAAGGAAAGAGGUCUGAAGUGAGAGUGCUAUUUCACAUGAGGGGAGAUGUUAGCAAGGGAACCUGCAUUACUCUCCAUGCGUUCAAAGAGACAGAGGAACAAAAAGCAACCUGUAUAACCCAGUCCCCACUUGGCCUCUGCGUAGUUUCCCUCACCUUACCCAAGGACUGGUUUGAGCUGGAUCAGUCACCACAUACCAACCCGGGCCAGAAUCCCAGAGCGAGAUACCUGCGCAGGCACCGACAACGAAACCGUGCGCGACGGCGCCAAAACGUGCCCAGCGCACUCCGGGACAACUCUACCCCUGCCUCGGAUCGCAUCCAACUCUAUUAUUCCUCGUCCGGCGCUGUCUCCGACUUCAAGACGCCUCCCCUGGGAUGCGCCGAGGACGAUACCGAGCCGCUGCAGCAGAGGCUCUACUAUGUGGGGGCCGUGGCUGUUCCCCAUAGGGAGAACAAUCGGGAUACGGCCAGAGGGACAGUGGUGUGUUCGGACGGGCAGGGCGAGGAGGAGCUGAGGCUGGAUUACAAUGUUGUCGUUCGCUUUUGUCGAGGUCCAGUUCGCACCGGUCAGCCAGCUAGGAUCUUUGUCAACUUGAGGUCAAAUUUCACGGGAGACUCCGUAACUAUUAGGCUGAAGGUGAAGAAAGGAUUGGUGUCCGUGAUUGAACAGCCAUCCAUGAACUCUGACCUCUGGAGUGUGGUUUUAGAGAGAACCACAGGCUCCAAGCAUGAUACCGUCUCAAUAAUUUGUCACAAAGUGGGAACUCAGUCUGCUUAUCUAAGUCAAACCGACCUGCUGGAGGUUGCUUGUCUCUUGGUUGAUGGCUUGAAGAGGAGCUUUGGCGUGGCCAUGACCGUGACCACUGUUUGGUGGACGGAGUACUCAAGUCGUAAUACCAAUGUAUCCCCACAUGGGGCAGUGACGAGUUUCCUGUCUUUCACUGACAGAGAUAUUGUGGGCAUUGCUCCCAUCACAGAGAGCAGUACAAUCAUAAAUACAGCAAUUUUAACCAGCCAGCCAGUGACCCUUCCUGUAAUUGUGUUGGCUGUUGGGGAUGAUGGAAAGGUAUCUGAUGUUACUUCUGCAGUAAGGUGUCAAUCUGCUAACGAGGACAUCGUCAAGGUAUCAAGCGACUGCUCCACCCUCUUUGUUGAUGGGAGUGAAUCAGGAGUGGGCAGCACGUGUGUAGAGGUGGAGUUCUUCCUGGGUAGGCUCAGAGGCUCAGUCUGUCUGUCAGUUUGGGCCCCUAUGGUCCCCCUACGUAUCUCUCUCUCAGACUAUGUCCUCAGUGCCAUCGAUGGCUGGAGCUUCUUCAACCAGGGCAGAUGUACUCCAGUUUUUCAGAGAUCCACUGUACAGGUCCUGGCACAGUUUAGUGCUCAUUCCUCUACCAAGAAGGGUCAGCCAACCUACAUUCUAGGAUCACCUGACUGGUUUGUGGAUGUGACAGAGCUUGUUCGGGACUGGCUGCGUGUGGGAAAUCCACGGGUUGCAACACUCAACAAGCAGGGAUAUCUGGUUGGCUUGGAGCCUGGAAUAACUACACUACAUGUGAUUUCAAGCCAGUGGGAUGGUGUGCUUGGCAGUGCUGAAGUGGUGGUCUCAUCUGAAACAGUGACCCCCGGUGAUCUUUCAGUGCAGCUGGUUGGUGGACUGGGCUUGGUCAUCAAUAGUAACCCUGCUCACCAGUCUGUUGUUACCGCUGCUGUAACAGCACACAAUAUUCUCUACAACUAUGGACAGGAGGCGUCUGCUAGUGUUUGGCUCCAGUUUAAUGAUGACACUGCCAUACUGGUUUCAGCAUUCACCAGUGUUCCGCACUCCUUACGUCUCUCCUCGUUGGCCGAAUCUGUGGUUGCUGUGACACCGGAGCCUGUGCAGCGCAUCUUGGCCCAAGGCGAGGGGGGUGGGCCUCUGGUCAAAGCAGAACUCCUCGUUUCCACCUGUGAGCCAGUGUCUAACGAUAUUGAAGCCAAUGUGGUGAGAGAUGGGGGAGGAACCAGAAGACUGGCCAAAGGUUCUGGUUGGAUAAGAGUGAACCUGGACUCAGAAGUUUGGCCAAUAGGGGGCGACUCCAACCCUGACAUGUUUGAUGUGUCUGACAUGCUGUUGGAAUCUGAAAAGGACUUUUACAGUAACUUUGGUGACAAAGUUAUCAUAGGGAACAUUACCAGUGAUUAUACUGCCAACACUGGUGAUGGUCUAAUAACCAGGAAUGAUUUAGAACGGGCAGUUUUGACCCCCAAUCAUCAAGAGAGUGCCGUUUAUUUCUCCCCUGGAAUGGGAAGAGAGAGAGAGCAGCCUGUGGGAGAUAGGGAUCUAGAAGUGGGGUUAGGAGCAGUGCUCUCUCUCAUCUGUCUUUUUGCUCUUCUCUUCCUGGCCAACUGUCUGCCCUGCGCUCUUCGAGAGAGGAAGAAGAGGAAGCAGAGGGAAAAAGAGGGUCAAGUACCACAGGGAGUACAGGGAGGGAUAGAGGUGGGACAGGAUGAAGGUGAAGAAAAAGAAGAGUCUAAACUAGAUGAGCAGGUAGCAAGACUGAAAACAAAAGUGAAGUUUUGUAAGGGAGAUAAAAUACAUACAAUACACACAGACAUAAAGUCGAGAGAUUGA